AUGGCAAAUUACAAUUGGUACGGAGUACCGCGGAAAGCUACAUGUAUGAAGGAUUGGGUGAAGGAUUCAGAGCCUCGAUCCUUUGAGGCGGGCAACAAAGAAUCUUGGAAGAAUGAGCAUCCGGGUAUUCAUACCAGCAGCAUGAGUAUCGAAAAUCAGGUCCCAAAGUCUCAAAUUUGCCGAAAUAAGGUCUCAAAGUCCUCAGAUAUGCCGAAUCUGACAAAUACAGUGUUCGCACCGCCAGUGGAGACGAAAAGCAGAGACGCAAGCAACGAUGCAAGCAGGCUCGGGCUAGAAGAAUAUCGAGACAAGCGAAGCGAGCGGAGUCUAUUACGGAAAAUCGAUGUCCACCUCGUUCUACCCUUAUGGAUCAUCUUUACCCUCGGCUUCAUGGACCGCAUCAAUUUAGGUAACGUCCGGGUCCUGGGAAUCCUACCAGACCUCCAUCUCGUCGGUAACGCGUACAACAUCGCCCUACAGGUCUUCUUCGUCCCAUAUAUCCUCAUUGAGAUCCCCAGCAACAUCUUCCUCAAGAAGAUUGCCCCUUCAACCUGGAUAGCCUCCCUCACCUUCCUGUGGGGCAUAGCAUGCAUGUGUCAAGGCUUCGUCAAAAGCAACAGCGGACUGAUCGCCUGCCGGUUCUUCCUUGGUCUUUUCGAAGGUGGCUUCGUCCCAGGGUGCGCCUACCUGAUGUCUAUGUACUACAAGCGUCAUGAGUUUCAGAAGCGGUUCUCGCUGUUCUGGUGUGCCGGCUUGAUCGCGGGUGCUUUCAGCGGUCUCUUAGCCUAUGCUCUUGUGCAUAUGGAUGGGAUAAGUGGCUAUGCUGGCUGGCGCUGGAUCUUCAUCAUUGAGGGACUGCUUUCGGUGGUUGUUUCGGUGCCAGCAAAAUUCCUGCUGGCAGAUUGGCCUGAGCAGGCGGCAUUUCUCACUGCAGAAGAGAAACAGUAUCUACUGGUCCGUAACAACUCCGAUACGGGUGGUGCAGCACAGAUGGACCGUCUUGAUCCUGACGCAUGGAGGCGCAUCUUCACGGAUUGGAAGCUGUAUGUUGCAAGCCUGAUCUAUAUCGGCAUCACGGUCUCUGGGUACGCAACCGCGCUUUUCGUGCCCACCAUCGUCAAUUCGCUCGGCUAUUCCGGCAUCGAAAGCCAAGUGCACAGUAUACCCAUCUGGAUCGUGGCUGCUAUUGUCACGCUUGCAACCGCGGUCCUAAGUGAUUGGACUAAACACCGGUAUGGAUACAUGAUGUUCGGUGUCGUCUUCGCAAGCAUCGGCUACAUCAUCCUCUUGUGCCAAGGCCCGCUCGUGCAUCCUCGUACCCACAAGCCCGCAGGCCUCGCUCUGAGUGUGAGGUAUAUGGCAGUCUAUUUCGUGACGAUGGGCUGUUAUAUGGUGCAACCGAAUGCCAUUGUCUGGGUCGCAAAUAAUCUCGGGGGUCACUACAAGCGUUCUAUUGGACUGGCGGUUAUGAUCGGUUUUGGGAAUAUUGGGGGCAUCAUUGCAAGUAACAUCUUUGUGCAGACGGAGGCACCGAGGUAUUUUGUUGGAUAUGGGGUUAGUCUGGCUAUGUUGGUGUUUUGUGGUAUCAUGUGUACUGCAUUUGCAGUGGGUUUAGUCAUGGAGAACAGGAAGAGGGAGAAAGGGGAGAGGAAUCAUCGUUUGGAGUUGCCGGAGAGUGUGCUUGGAAAUAUUGGCGAUGACGAUCCGAGGUUUCGCUUUAGUUUGUAA